AUGGCCAAACCAGUCUAUAACUAUCCAUCCAGUCCCGGAUCCAUCAUGAGUAUAAAGAGAAAUAAAAGAACAAGAGCAAACCCAUAUGUACAUACAAUGCAUGCCGGAAGUGCAGUCAUUCAUCCAGUCAUCCAGCCGGGUGGGGAAUUAGUUCGUAAGAAAGUCAAAACAGUGAUCGAUCAUCAUCAAGCGCAACGCACAACUCCGAGCGAGUGCAGCCAACAUAUAACAUAUCAAGGUAUCAAGAAAUGGAAACCUCGGGGGAAAGCAUCGAGGUAG